UUUCGCAGCAUUCUUUUUUCUCAUGGGUUUUCCGGCAUAUUUCUCAAGACGCCUCCUGGUUCUUGGAAGGGCAGUUUCGUUAUUUUCCAGGACGGUGACGAAUGCCCACUCUUUGAAGAUUCAUCUGCUUUUUGCAUUCGGAGCUUCCUCGCAAGAAAAUCGAGCUCCUUCGUCCCAUACGAUUGGUCAGCAUAGGAGACCUGCGUACUCGCCACUUUGCUCCGUUGAUUCAAAAUACCUAGAAGUUGAGACUUCUAUAGGAGCGCUUCCUUUAACCCUAAAGCACGCGAGUAACCCCAAUCCUGCGAUAUCCUAAUGUUCUCGCAACAACACAUAAUCGAUCGCGCUCGAAGAUAAAUAAUAAAUCAAACUGGAUUUCAGUUCGGACUGCCAGUCUU